CCCAGCAAGGCAGCAAGGACGAUAAGAACCUGACACAAUAGAUAAGCGAUUGAUGGGAUGGAAACAAAAUUUAAGCAGCGGUGAGGCCUUUGCACAAAAUUUAAGCAGCAGCCAACCACCAAAGAAAACAUGGAGGAUGUCCGGAUCGUCUCCCGGCGCAUGAUCCGGCCGGAGCCGACGAGCACGCGGCGGCCGCCGGAGCUGGAGCCGGAGACGGUGAUCCACCUGACGCCAUGGGACCUCCAGAUGGUGACCGUGGAGCACAUCCAGAAGGGCAUCCUCCUGCCCAAGCAUCCACAGGGGCACAGCCAUGCCGUCGAACGGCUCGCGUCGUCCUUCGCGCUCGCUCUGGGACGCUUCUACCCCUUUGCCGGCCGGCUCACCGUCGAGGAGCUCCAGCAGGACGGCGGCAUCGCCAUGUCGCUGCGCUGCAGCGGCGAGGGCGCGGAGUUCGUCCACGCCGUGGCGCCCGGCGUCACCGUCGCCGACAUCACCUCGCCGGUGUACGUCCCGCCGGUGGUCUGGUCCUUCUUCCCGCUCGACGGGGUGCUCGGCUUGGACGCCGCCGUGGCCUCCCUACCGGUGCUGGCCGUGCAGGCCACCGAGCUCGACGACGGCGUCUUCCUCGCCAUGUCGCUCAACCACGGCGUCGCCGACGGCACCACCUUCUGGCACUUCUUCAACACCUGGUCCGAGAUCAGCCGCCGGAGCGGCAACCACGACGCCGCCGCCAUCGGCUGCGAGAUCGCCUCGCCGUUGCCGUUGCUCCAAAGGUGGUUCCCUGAAGGCUGCCCCAUCCCCAUCCCUCUGCCCUUCGACAAGCCGGAGGACAUUGUCGGCGACCAGCGUGCCAAGUACCCGUCGGUGCAGGAAUGCUUCUUCCGUUUCUCCGCGGAGAGCGUAAAGGAGCUCAAGGCGAAGGCGAACGCCGAGAUGGCUGGCGCCCCAGCCACCAUCUCCUCGCUACAAGCCCUCUUCGCGCACAUGUGGCGCGCCGUGUGCCGAGCCCGACGCCUCGCGCGAGACCAGGACGUGACGUACAUCAUCCUAGUCGGAUGUCGAGGCCGCUUGGAGAGCAUGCCAUCGGCCUACAUGGGCAAUGCCGUGUCGCUUAUCAUGGCGAGGUCGACUGCCGGCGAGAUCCUGGACAAGGGGCUGGGCUGGGCAGGAUGGCUCCUGAACCGGGCCGUGGCAUCGUUCAACAUGGCGAGCGCAACGGCUGAGACCGCGUCUUGGCCUCGGAACCCUGGCUUCGUGCGUCCUCUGGCGUCCGUGUUAGACGGUCAACCAAAGUUGUCCACGGGGAGCUCGCCACGGUUCGACAUCUACGGAAACGACUUCGGAUGGGGCAGCCCGGUGACCGUGCGGAGCGGCUCGGCGAACAAGGUGGACGGGAAGAUGACGGUGUAUGAGGGCGGCGAGGGUGCCGGUAGCAUGGCGCUGGAGGUGUGCCUUGCUCCGGAGGCGCUCGCCAGGCUCGUCGCCGACCAAGAAUUCAUGGACGUGGUGAGCUCAACCAAGGAGUGAUCAAUGAUCAAUCGAGCUCCUUUUCUUAACCACCGUGCCUAUGUUAAGUCUUAGAUCUGCAUCACUCAUCCUCUAUGAAAUUUAUGUAUUUGCCAAGAACCACUGGAAUGAUGAUAUUUUGCAGUACUA